AUGGACUUGGAGCCCGAUACUAUUAUUGACUUCCUCACCAACGAGCUCUAUACGUUGGUGCAAAAGUAUCCGGAGAACUCGGAGUUGAGAGAGGUCACCGUUGAAUGGACAGCGCAAUUGGCGGCGCUGAAAGAUUCCAUCGACGAGGCCGACCUUGCCGAAACCUGGGCGGUGCUCAAACACGACUGGAUCCAAUUGAGCCGCAAUGUGGUGGCGGUGGAGCCUCGAGAAAACACUAACGCUCAUCUCAUCGCUGCUGGCCACUACCUUAAUGACUUUGAUCCAGGAGCCGCUACCAAGCUCAAACAAAUGGUUCGCCGCCAACGUCAUGCUAACCACCACUUCGAUAGCAAAUGGGUGGGCAUUACAGCGUUGUUGGCGUUAGUGGCAUUCUUGUUUGGCGGUGGCUAUUUCGUGGGCUACGCAAAUAAUGGCCGCUGUGACUCGGACCAGUUGGGCCGGGUCGGUAACUUAUACUACCGUCGCUACACUCACGGGGUCCAAUGCGAUCCUGAAGCGCUUACCAUUGACGAACCAACCUGGUUAGAGAUUGAAAGACGUGCCAACCAACAAGGCCUCGACUGGCCCAUCAAAAAGGCGUUGUGUAUCAAAUCGGCGAAGGACGUACCCUGGCACGGCUACCUUGUGGUGGGAAAUGACUUGAAUGUUGUCAGAAACACCAACUGUAGCCGCCAAGGUACCCUUGAACAAGUGUGGUUCGGGAAUAUCCAUGAUCAUGAAGACCAUAGCUACGACGAACAUGAGCACAGCAACGAAAACGACCACAACCAAGAUACUGAGAAGACAAAGCACAACACUGAAAAGCCUCACAAGGAAGUCGACAAUUCCCAUCAAAACAAUGACCACCUUCAAGGAGUGGUCGUGGAGGACGUGAAAGUUGACAUCAACGUUAAUGAAGAGGGCGACAAGCCCGUCGUCGAACGCGUCGUUGUCGAAGACAAAUGGGAAUAUGUUCCUGAAGCAGGCUACGACUACGCCGAUGUCAUAGACGAGAUUCUUUAA